AUGUUUCGAAGGACAUUAUCCACAUUGACAGGUGGAGAUGCAGAAGUAAUAUACGAUGUUAUUGUAAUUGGUGGUGGACAUGCUGGUUGCGAAGCUGCCGCUGCAGCUGCUAGAUGUUGUGCUCAUACGUUGUUAUUGACCAACAGGAAGGAUACAAUCGGCGAAAUGUCAUGCAAUCCGAGUUUUGGUGGAGUUGGCAAAGGACAUCUUAUACGCGAAGUGGACGCAUUAGAUGGACUAUGUGGAAGAAUUUGCGACAAAUCAGCUAUAAAUUAUCAUGCAUUGAAUUCCUCACAUGGACCAGCUGUGCUGGGUCUUCGAGCUCAGAUUGACAGGAAACUGUAUAAGGAAUAUAUGCAACAUGAAAUCCUGAACUGUACGAAAAACUUGGAUGUAAUGGAGAAAGCGGUUGAUGAUCUGGUUAUCAAAUAUGAAGAAGGGAAAACACCACGAGUUGGUGGAGUUGUAGCUGAUGGUGAGAUUUUAAACGCAAAGGCGCUUGUGGUGACAACAGGAACGUUUUUAGGCGGGAAACUUUUUCGAGGAUCAGAAAGUUAUGCUGCUGGGCGUUUGGGUGAAAAGGCUAGUUCGAAACUUUCGGAGACCUUUAGCAGACUUGGUUUCAAGCUGGGACGUUUUCGGACAGGUACUCCAGCACGUUUAUUUAAGAAUACAAUAGAUUUUAGCAAGUUUGCUGCUCAACGUCCAGACCGGAAGCCGAUUCCAUUUUCAUUCUUGACAGAACAUAUCUCACUUCCUUAUCACCAACAAUUGCCGUCAUAUUUGGGUUUUACGAACAAUCUCCUUGCUCAAAUGGUGCUUAAACAUUUCAACGAAUGCAAUUAUAUUCGUAGUGAAGCAAAUGGACCGCGUUACUGUCCAUCUCUUGAAUCAAAAGUUAUCCGUUUUCCUCAUCUUAACCACAGGAUUUUUUUAGAACCCGAAGGCUUAGAUUCUGAUUUAAUUUAUCCACAAGGUAUGUCGAUGACAUUUGCACCAGAAGUGCAGCUCGAGGUGUAUCGUUGCAUACCAGGUCUAGAAAAUGUUGAGAUAUCACAGGCUGGCUACGGCAUUGAAUAUGAUUAUGUUGAUCCAAAACAGCUUAAAUUAACUUUGCAAACCAAAGCUGUGGAAGGUUUAUUUCUUGCAGGACAAAUUAAUGGUACCACUGGAUAUGAAGAAGCUGCAGCACAGGGCAUUGUAGCUGGAAUAAAUGCCGCAGCAUCAAGCCAAAAUAAAAAACCAUUUGUUAUCGAUAGGACGGAAGGUUAUAUUGGUGUUUUAAUUGAUGAUUUGACCAGUCUUGGUACUUCAGAGCCAUACCGAAUGUUUACUUCAAGAGCUGAACUUCGUCUACAUUUGCGACCCGAUAAUGCAGACAUGAGAUUAACGAAGAAGGGUUAUGAACAUGGAGCUGUAUCCGAGCAUCGAUAUAAUCGCUUCUUAAAAAUGCUGUCUGCAUAUAAUAAAGCGCAGGAUUUGCUAAAAUCCAUUAAAUACCCGAUGAAUUUUUGGAAAAAACUUAUACCUUGUCUAGAAAAUGCUCGAGUAACAAAAGUAUAUAGUGCGUUUGAUUUGUUAUGUCGUUAUGAAGUAGACUUCAUGGAAAUUCAGAAAGCAGUCCCUUUUGAGCUAGAAAGAUUAUUGGAAAAUAAAGAAAUCGAAUAUCGGUUGAAGAUUGAAGCAUUUUAUUAUUUUUAUUUAGACAAAUCAUUAGCAAAGAUAGAACGGAUUCGAAAGGAAUGUGAUACUAUUAUUCCGGAUAAUUUUGAUUAUUCAAAGUUGAAUAAUAUUUCUGAAGAGUGCAGAGAAAAACUAAACUUUUGGAGGCCUCAAAAUCUUGCUGCAGCAUCCAGAGUUCCUGGUGCAACCACAGAGGCUUUAAUGGAAUUGCUGAACUUUUUGAAAGUUCCCGAACGUUUUGAGGACGAGAGUCGAAAUUAA